GACCACGGUAGUUCCAUUAACGCAUUCACAGUCGAGUGCCGCACGGGACACAGGAAUCUCCAAAAAGUUUUUCAUAAGGAAGCGCGCGCUUUGUAACAUAUCCUUUGACGCAGUUCGGGUGUUUUCAUGUCAGUAGUUGUGUAAAUCGUGAAAAUGAAGUGGGCUGCUUCGUUGUUAUUCGUCAAUUUAUUAUCUACGGUCUUGACAGCGGAAAUAGACGAUGGGGCGCCUUUCCUGCAGGUCAUGGCAAGAUCAUCAGUUUACAAUGUCGGCGAGAAGAAAGCAAUUUACUGUAAAGGACUGAAUUUGCCUGAGAAAAUCGUAUGGUACUCGCCUUCCGGCAAUAUUGUUGAAGGACGCUCUGUCAAGAAUACCAGGGUAUAUGUAGAACGGCCUAAAAACGAAACUCUAGUCAGUAGCCUUGUACCACUCAUCAUCCAUAGCACCAAGAUAGAAGAUAGCGGUAACUGGACCUGUAAAGCCGGAUCUCUCAGUGAAAAACUGGAAAUACUUGUAGGUGAAAAAGUUAAUUUGAGCGUAAAGGAAGAUAGCUUCAUAGGAGAGGAGUCGAAAUCAGCAAAACUCGAUUGCGUAGCUAAAGGUUACCCAAAACCCGUCGUGCAAUGGUACAAGGAUUUAGUGCCUAUUAUCGAUGAUCAUAAGAAAUAUAUCGUAAGGAAAAGGGAAGAUAACCAUCAAUUGGAAAUCAGGAACUUGACUCACCAGGACACCGGAGAGUACACGUGUAAAGUGACCCAAAAAGCACUGUCCUAUUACACCUACAAACGUGUUUUUCUUACCGUACAACAUAAACCUGUCAUCGUCAACCACGAUACUAAUGAGGUCUAUUACACCAAGUAUAGCAGUGAAGAAGUCUACGCUAUUGUCAACAAAACCAAAAACAUUACGUGUAGUGCUAUUGCGAGCCCUCCCCCUACUUUCCGUUGGAACAGGCGACAAAACGGUUUCGAUGGAGAUGCUAUUGAAGAUGAAGAAACGGUCUUGAACUCUGCCGAUGGUACCACUUCGGUCUUACAGCUGAGAGUAUAUAAUGAGAGCUACCUGGGCGAAUAUAAAUGUUCUGUUUCCAAUGACAUGGGUCAUGUCUCUAUUGUCUUUGACGUCCAAUUGGGAAAUAAGCCAAACCCACCAGACUCCGUGAACUUCAUGUACGCUACGGCAUCUGAGAUGAUUUUCAACGUCACUUGCUCAACGUGCAAUUUGGCGGUUGAAGAAGAAGACAAGUCUCCUGACCCCAAAAAUCUUACGGUUAUCGGUUAUUCAUUCCAGCUCGUUCCAUUCCAAGAAAAUUAUCCCGCGGAUUGGGACGCAGCAACAGAAUUCAAAGUUGAUAUUGUAUGGUCUAACGAUACAUUAUUCACUGUGGGUCCGCUGGCCAACAAGACGACUUACCACGUGCGCGUGAGCUCGCGUAACGCAGCCGGAACGUCGGAGUGGGUGGAAGUGUUACCACCACCCUCAACGAGCUUCGCCGUCAAACUGGUCGUAUCCGUCGUCCUUUUAUUCGGCGCCUCGGUGUUCGCGCGUUGUUAUUAAUUUUUACUAAGAAGGAUCGAGCUUAUUUCUUAGAGCGAUAUGAAUUGCGAUGUUGUAGUGUUACUGUAAAUAAUUCCGUUUGAUGAUUAUGUAAUAUAAUGUAUUUAUCGUUGGAUUUUCUUAAGGCUCGAUCGGCUAUUCGAUGUUAACCGUCAAUAAUUCCUUUCUAGAAAUGAUAAUUAUUAUUUUUAUCUAUUUUGUUGAACUUAAUUUUUAAGUUAUAUGAUUUUUACGACAUCGCAAAAAUAUUUGACACAUUGGAAUUAAAAUGGUAACCAAUAUUCGCGCCUCAUUAAAAAGAAUCCUAAAAAAUAUACAAAAGACUUUAUAUAAUUAUUACUAAGACACUAUUCUUAGCUGUUAACACAUUUGAAUAAUUGAAAAACAUUCCAAGCAACCGUAGAUAGAAAAUGUAAUUAUUUAAG